ACAAGAUUGAAAGUGUUAUCUACCGUGCUCAAAGUGCUUUUCCUGGCCGAGGGAACGAGGUAUAUCUUCAAAGGUUCGCAUUCGUUGAUGAUGAUAAUACACUGACGCAGGAAGAAAAAGAUGAUGCUAAAUUGAAUUUGGCAAUAUUUAAGGACCGAGACAAUUUACUAUAUAAACAAGAUAAAACGUAUAGAUGCGAUGAUGAGGCAACUAAAUGGACAUCAAGUGACGAAUAUAUAGACCGUCAAAUUCUCCUCGCCCAAACAAGAGCUCCGUUACCUGAAGCUAUUCCUGAGUGGAUUCCAUACGAGCUAUUGACAGAUGUCCAUUUUCUGUCUAAAGGUGGAUACGCCUCGGUUUAUACUGCAACAUAUAUGAGAGGAUUAUAUACUAGAUGGAGUAAAACGACGAGAACAUUAUCACGAGGAUUGACACAAUUUAAGGUUAUUUUGAAGAAGUUGGAUUGGGACCAGCAAGAAAAUGAUCUCAAGAAUGAG